CUCGUCAUCACGCAUGGCCCUCAGCUCUGCGGCCCGCCCAGCCCUCGUCGCCACACCGCGAGUGGCAACCUCCUCGCCCUUCUCCACCAGCCAGUCACGAGGCUACCACGAGAAGGUCAUUGACCACUACGAGAACCCUCGCAACGUCGGUUCUUUCCUCAAGUCGGACAAGAACAUCGGCAUCGGUCUCGUUGGCGCACCGGCCUGCGGUGAUGUCAUGAAGCUGUCCAUCAAGGUGGGCGAGAGUGGGAUUAUCGAGGAUGUUAGGUUCAAGACUUUCGGGUGCGGAUCGGCCAUUGCUUCGAGUUCGUUGGCCACGGAGAAGCUCAAGGGGCUGACGCUGGAGGAGGCAGGAAGGAUCAACAACACUGAGAUUGCCAAGGAGCUCAGUCUGCCCCCUGUUAAGCUGCACUGCUCUAUGCUGGCCGAGGACGCAAUCAAGGCCGCCAUCCGCGACUACGAGGCUAGAUGGAAGAGCAGCGGCAAGAAGGGCGCAGGGCACAUCGAUGUCAGCCAGUCGGUUGGCUCAGGCGAGACCAAGGCCACUGCACAUGUGCCAGGCAGCGCCUGAUUGAUGGCGAUUUUUCAGAUCAGUCUCAGCCUUGUCUGUAGGGCGCCCGCUGGGUUCACCACGAUCCGUGUCGUGUGACAUACGCGCAGCAUGUCAUCAUCAUGCUCGAAUCCUCGGCUUCUGCCAAAUGUGUCUCCUGUUUUCAACGAUGCCUUCUGGAUCUACUUUACGCUCGCUUUCUUGUACAACGAUUCCAAUGACCAUGGCUCUUUUGCAUUGUGA